AUGAAGAUUCUGGUACUGCUCUGGACGGCAUGCUUGGUAAGGUUCUAUAGCGCGAGUUGGUUUAGCGGGAAAAGUAAAACAGAUGACAAGGAUGCAGAGAUUAUUGCAGUGGAACAGCCCCUUAAGCUUCCUCCACCAAAAGACCCCAAAACCCUAGAUCUUGCCUCUCUUGCGGACUCUCGCUACAAGACGGUAGAUCUAAGCAUUGAUGGAAUUCCUGCAAGGGUUUAUCUAGUUGGUCCAAAAGAAGAUAUAAAUAAGGUCAAUUAUAGUGGGAAAGACGUAUGGAAGGCAUCUAGGUUCAGUGAAGGUGAAGAUGGAUAUAAUACAACGCCUGAAGAAAUAUGCACGUAUUGUAUAACAUUUAUCAAGGGUACUGGCACUGCUAUGAUACUAGUUGAAAUACACGAUCUUAGUAUAUACAGGGAAAUAUUCAGGUACAAACAAAAAACUGGGAGCAAUGGCAAUGAGUCAGGUUGGGAAAGAUCGCCAACAGAAUAUGGAAAGAAAAUUGAUGCCUUGAAGAUAAAUACAGAUCCUCCAAAAAAGUUCACUCUGGACAUUUCAUCUCUCGAGGAAGGUGAUGAAAAGUUUAAGCUUGUAAAGGAGAAUAAGAAUGACAUUACUACUCUCUUCUUCGCCACUAAACAAGGCUAUUCCAUAGAAAAAGUUGUGGAUGGCGGUAAAGAAAUAUGCGUAUUAAAUGAGAGUUUCGGAUCUUUCCUCUGCGAGGUUCACUCUAAAGGUGACCAUGGACUCAUGAGAGUACAUGCAGAACAGAGAUAUAUCAUUACAUUUGGCUGGUAUGAGAAAAAGAAUAGCAAGUGGACUGACAUAAAAGAGAAGGAAUUCUUCAAGAAACUUGAUGAAAUGAGAGGAGUUCCUAAUAAUGCUUCAAAGUCUAAUACCACUCAUCAACUCGGUGGACCCUAG